UUGUUUCAAAAUUUCUUUAAAGCUUUUAUAUUUUCUUUUAUUUUUAAGCAGCGAAAGACCUCGAAGCUCUGCCUCCGCCAAUUCCAAAACGUAAGAGGCGUUGUUGUGCAUUGCUGUGAUGUUCUCUAUAUUUGGUUUCUUCUGUGAAUUGCUGUGUAAUGAGAAAUUCUUUAUUGUGUAAUAUAUAAUUAUUUUGUUCUUUUAUUUGAUAAAAUUUUUUUGAAUAUUUUAUUAAUGAAAUCUGUUGAUAUAUUUUUAUAUCCAAUUUUAUAUUUUUUGUAUUUUUAUCAAUUUGUUUUGGGUUUUGUUCAACAAUUUUGUUUUAAUUUUCUCUUGUAUUUUAGAUUGAUUUAUUCAAAAAAAUAUUAAAAAUGUUCUUCUGCUCUUUUAUGUUUUUUGUUCUUCAACUUAUUUUCUGUACUGCUUGGGAUGUUGAGGAUGGUGAAGUCUUCAACAAUUCGUUGGCUACAAAUACGACGGGAAUGCCUGAGUUAAACAAUACAUACCAAAUGGGAAUUUUGGGUAAUGAUGGGAUUGUUGGAGGAGAGAAUAUGAUGGGAACUUUCAAUUUGGACAACAUCAGCACUACUGGAAAACCUGCUAAUUCCACCAGCGAUGAUGUCUGUCCGUUUGUGGGCUGUGUUGUGUUCUUUACUGUUGUUGGUUUUAUUGUUGUUAUUUUGGCAUUUGCUGUCCUUUCUGCUGCUAUUUGUCUUUAUGCAAAACGCAAAGCGCCUUCGGUUUUGCCUCAAAAUGUUAAUAAUUGA